AUGGCUGACCGAAAACGAGUGGAGAAAUUCGAUGAAAUUGAGGAAGCAGCAGGAAAUGGCCCUGUGAAUGUGUUGGUGGUUGUUAGCGAAGCAGAUCGAUUUCGGAUGGUGCUUGCGCUCCUGAACUUGUGUCUACUCUUUCCCGCCAUCGCGGAGGCUUGUCCAGAUUCUGGUCGAAAUGAAUACAUGGAUAUUUAUUGUUGCAAAGGUGUCGUUGUGCGAUUGAAUCCAACAUCCGUCGAAAAGGUUUUCCUGCUUGAAAAAGACAUCGAUCAGCUGGAGCUCAUCUAUCGCAUUAUAAAAAAUGCCGAUGUUCCUCAUGUUGAUCGUCUUAUCAAGGUGAAGCGGUCAACGAAGACUGCCACAUUUGAGCCUUGUGGUAUGAUGGUAAAACCAUCAAACUUGUUGGAGUUGUUUGUUGCCCUUCGGUUCGUCCUUGAGGCUUUGAUUGUACUUCAUCGUGAAUUGGUGAUCCAUCGAGACAUCCGCUGGCCAAACGUGAUCAAGCGACGUGAUUGUGACGCAUGGUUCUUAAUCGAUUUUGCUGAUGCAGCAAUAAGCCCGCAACACUUCCCCAACGGCGAACACCUGACCAACGAAGAACAUGCACCCGAGAUAUUCGUGAGCGGCGGGACUCACACAACUGCUGUCGAUUUAUGGGGGGUGGGAUACUUAAUUGAGACAAGUUUUGUGAAUUGGGAUGACCUAUCGCAACGAACGGCAUUUGUGAAGCGGUUGAUGAUGAAAGAUCCGAAUGCGCGACCAACAGCAGAACAAGCUCUGAGUGAUUUGGUGGAGCUCCAAGCAGGGGCUAUGCAGGAGCAACUGGUGGUUGAUAGCUUGCGUCAGAAACAAAUACAGGCCGAAAAUAUUGGUGAAUUAAAAAAAACACGGAUUUUGUUCAGUAAUAUACUACCAGCGAACUUUUAA